CUGAAGCAGCUCGCUCCCUCUCCCUUCCUCCCUCUGUAUAAAGAGAUGAGCCGAGGAAGAGGGAACAGACGAGUGCGACACCGCCGCGCGUAGCUCCUUCUAUAGCAUAGAUAACGUCAGACAGAAGGAACUGGUUAACAUCCCCUGGUGCCUUUGCUUUGUGGAUGUUUUAGUCUAAAUGGAUGAACAGAACGAAGGGGAACAUGUGCUCACGGGUCUAGAUGAGGAGGCGAUUGUUGACCAUGGAAAGACGAGCUUCGCCACUCUCUCAAACUAUGAGAAAGACGAUUUUGAAAGCCACAGAGCAGUGUAUGUGGGUGUCCAUGUUCCUCUUGGGAGGGAGAGCAAGCGGAGGCAUCGCCACAGAGGACACAAGCAAAGAAAGAAGAAGAAUAGAGAUUCCGAGGAGGGAAAGGAAGACGGCAGGGAUUCUCCUACUUAUGACACUCCAUCCCAGAGGGUACAGUUCAUCUUGGGUACGGAGGAUGACGACCUGGAGCACGUCCCUCACGACCUCUUCACCGAAAUGGAUGAGCUGUCCUUUAGAGAUGGCACUGCCACUGAGUGGAGAGAGACUGCCAGAUGGCUGAAGUUCGAAGAGGAUGUGGAAGAUGGUGGGGAGAGGUGGAGUAAACCUUAUGUGGCCACAUUGUCCUUACACAGCUUAUUUGAACUGCGUAGCUGCAUACUUAACGGCACAGUUUUGCUGGAUAUGAGGGCCAGUAGUAUCGAGGAAAUCGCAGACAUGGUGAUAGACAGCAUGGUGGCGUCAGGGCAGCUGAAGGAGGAUUUGCGUGACAAGGUGCGGGAAGCAAUGCUGAAGAAACACCACCAUCAGAAUGAGAGAAAGCUCAGCAAUCGCAUCCCACUUGUGCGCUCUAUUGCUGACAUAGGCAAGAAACAUUCUGACCCACUCUUGCUUGAAAAGAACGGAGAGGGCCUGUCCUCUUCACGUCUUUCUCUCCACAAGCCAGGGACAGCAUCCUCUGUAUCCAACCUGUCCCAGAGACGAGAGUCCAGAGUCUCCGUUCUGCUCAACCACCUGCUGCCCUCGUCUUCUUCCAACACUGGGCUUUUCCCAGGUCCUUCUCCCUUUACCACCCCUCAGGCUUUACGCCGUUCUCAGAGCCCAUCACACAAACAGGGCGUAGUCCUCGGCCCACAAGGCAUCCCUGAGGUUGUGGUAUCUCCUCCAGAGGAUGAGGACCCACCAGAAGAAGAGGCGGUAUCACCACACCUCAGCCGGCGAGCAUCCUCAGCAUCCCAGAGCGUUGAGCUGCUGCCCUUAGAAGGACCACUGGUGUCUCAGAACUCUGUCCCAAACAAUCUGGAUAGCAACAAGGCAAUGGAGAGGCGGCCAUCCAAAGUAGGGGUCAGUAGAGAAAGCAGCAGUGUCGACUUCAGCAAGGUGGACAUGAAUUUCAUGAAAAAGAUUCCCCCGGGUGCUGAGGCUUCCAAUGUGCUAGUGGGAGAAGUGGACUUCCUGGAGAAGCCCAUAAUUGCAUUUGUUCGACUGUCACCUGCAGUCCUUAUCACAGGCCUUACUGAGGUGCCUGUGCCCACAAGGUUUCUUUUCCUGCUUUUGGGUCCUCAUGGUAAAGGACCACAGUACCAUGAAAUUGGCAGGUCCAUGGCCACACUAAUGACAGACGAGAUUUUCCAUGACGUUGCAUACAAGGCCAAAGACCGAACUGAUCUACUCUCUGGGAUAGAUGAGUUCCUUGAUCAGGUGACUGUCCUUCCUCCUGGAGAGUGGGAUCCCACAAUUCGGAUUGAGCCACCCAAGAAUGUCCCAUCUCAGAUAAAGAGGAAAAGACCACCGCAGCCCAAUGGCAGUGCACCUCCAGCUGGAGAACUGGAAAAGGAGGAGGACCAUCAUGCAGGGCCCGAGCUGCAGAGGACGGGGAGAAUUUUCGGAGGUCUGGUCCUGGAUGUCAAGCGGAAAGUGCCCUUUUACUGGAGCGACAUCAGGGACGCGCUCAGUCUACAGUGUCUCGCUUCUGUCCUUUUCCUUUACUGCGCCUGCAUGUCUCCUGUCAUCACAUUCGGGGGUCUGCUUGGGGAGGCGACAAAAGGCAACAUAAGCGCCAUCGAGUCUCUAUUUGGGGCAUCACUGACAGGAGUAGCAUACUCCCUCUUUGCAGGCCAGCCCCUCACUAUUCUUGGCAGCACGGGGCCUGUUUUAGUAUUUGAGAAGAUCCUCUUUAAGUUCUGCAAGGACUACAGCUUGUCCUACCUGUCUCUACGGACCAGCAUUGGUCUGUGGACUGCCUUCCUGUGUAUCAUCCUCGUGGCCACAGAUGCAAGCUCUCUGGUUUGCUACAUUACCCGCUUCACAGAGGAGGCCUUUGCAGCAUUGAUCUGCAUCAUCUUCAUCUACGAAGCUCUAGAGAAGCUCUUUCAUCUGGGAGAAUUGUACCCUGUCAACAUGCAUAACAGCUUGGACAACCUUACUCUUUAUUCGUGUCAGUGCUCUCCACCAGCAAAUGCUACAGAUGAGGUCAUGCAGAAGUGGAACCAGUCCGGAUACAGUCCAGACUCUAUCGAGUGGAGCAGCCUCAGUGUUUCAACAUGCAAAUUGCUCCAUGGAGAUUUUGUGGGUCCUGCCUGUGGUCACCAUGGGCCGUACAUCCCAGAUGUUCUCUUUUGGUCUGUUAUCCUCUUCUUCACAACCUUCUUUUUGUCAUCAUUCCUCAAGCAGUUUAAAACAGAAAGAUACUUCCCCACCAGGGUGCGAUCCACUAUUAGUGACUUUGCUGUGUUUAUAACCAUCAUGAUUAUGGUGCUAGUGGACUACCUAAUGGGGAUCCCGUCUCCUAAACUGAAUGUUCCUGACCGCUUUGAGCCAACUUCAAAGAACAGAGGCUGGCUAAUGGAUCCGUUAGGAGAAAACCCUUGGUGGACACUGCUGGUGGCAGUACUUCCUGCCAUGCUCUGCACCAUCCUCAUUUUUAUGGAUCAGCAGAUCACAGCAGUCAUCAUCAACCGCAAAGAGCACAAGCUGAAGAAAGGAUGUGGCUAUCACCUGGACUUGCUCAUCGUGGCAAUAAUGCUGGGCGUGUGCUCCAUUAUGGGCUUGCCGUGGUUUGUGGCUGCAACCGUCCUCUCCAUUUCCCACGUUAACAGCCUGAAGGUGGAGUCUGGCUGCUCCGCACCGGGAGAACAGCCCAAGUUUUUGGGAAUCCGGGAACAGCGAGUCACGGGAUUUAUGAUCUUUGUCCUGAUGGGUUGUUCUGUCUUCAUGACAUCAGUGCUCAAGUUUAUUCCAAUGCCGGUUCUGUAUGGAGUCUUUCUCUACAUGGGUGUCUCUUCCCUCAAAGGCAUUCAAUUCUUUGACAGAAUCAGACUUUUUGGCAUGCCUGCAAAGCACCAGCCUGACCUGAUCUACCUGCGCUAUGUGCCACUGUGGAAGGUCCAUAUCUUCACCCUGAUACAGCUCAGCUGUUUGGUGCUACUCUGGGUAAUCAAGGUGUCUGCAGCAGCUGUUGUAUUCCCCAUGAUGGUUCUGGCGCUGGUCUUUAUCCGAAAGCUUCUAGACUUUUUCUUUACCAAUAGAGAGCUGAGCUGGCUCGAUGACUUGAUGCCAGAAAGCAAAAAGAAGACGGAGGAUGAUAAGAAAAAGAAAGCACGCGAAAAGCUGGAUGAAGAGUCCGGACUGGAGGAAGAAGAAGAGAUGGGGAUUAAGGACACUUAUGAAGACUCAAACCGGCUCAAGAUCCCAGUGAAGGAACUCUCAGGGAGUUCUGACACUGACCCCUUGGUUGUAAAUAUCUCUGAUGAAAUGGCCAAAACCGCAGUGUGGAAAGCAGUGAACUCGAGUGCAGAGUCUUGUGUCCAACCUGUGAAGCUUAGCGGAAGCCAGGAAAAGGUGGCCUGCGUUAGAGUCGACGUCAGCCCAGACACACCUGGAAGAGACUCCACUACCGAGACGUUCCUGUAAUAAAUUGCGCAGACCUCCUUUUGUCCUCAAUACCUUCUCCUUCACAACACUUUUACCACACUGAUGGAUGCAAUCUUGGAAGGAAAGGGGACACACUGAACUGGAGCAGCGCAACCUCUCUGCAGAGCUCCUUCAGGGCAGCAGAUGAGCUCCCUUAAGCAUGCGAGUCCUUCUUCAACACACGUCUUGAAGUCCUUCAUGUACAGAAUGCGUACGAAUGGUUGCCAAGAUGUACUAUAAAGGAUAAAACUCCAAGAAACAAAGGAAUUCUGCUUUAACUGCCCACCGAUGUUCACUGUUCAGAAAUUCUCUCUGUCUAGCAGCCAUUUAUUACUCAUUUGAAGCACAGACACCAAAGGAAGGGGCUUCACUGGUGGGGGUGUUCAACUGUGUGAAUUUUACUUUUAACCAUCAAAACUUUUUAUAUUUAUAUUUUUAUUUUACUUUUAUUAUUUUAGCUGUUCAUUUUACUCUUUUUCUUUCUUGUUAGCAUUCUCCAUUUCUUUACAUUUGAGGUGGAACUGAGACCUUUCACUAAAGUACACCAGCUUUGAAACCUUUUUGAUUAAAGCCAUUCAGGUACUGUCGGCACCAGAUAAUUCUAUUUUAUAUUUGGUCUGGCACAAUAAAUGACACAAACCAAAACAGACAGAGGUACAUUCAGAUACUACUACUGCACCACACUAAUACUACUGCGUACAUCCUUGUCAGAUUUGCUCAUGAAUAAUCUCUCCUGUCUCUAGGGGAACACUCAGUAUUGAUACUGCUGCUCAAAAUUAGUUUUUACUGUAAAGCCUCACUGUUCAUAGUGUAUGUGAUCUUAUUGAAAUAUCACGUGUAUGUGUACUGUGUUCUUUUAGUUUGUAAUAUUGUAGAAAUCUACUUCAGAGGCCAUACGAAGUCUGUACUGUAUAGUAAGCACUUUGCCAGUAUAGUUUCCUACCUAAGAUGAAUUAUGGUGUGUUAAUAAAAAGGUUACUCCUCCUCCCUCUGUAUUUAUACAUCAGUCAUUCAAAUGUUAAUUAUACAACUCAGGAAUCUUGAGUGAUUUCUGACUGUCGCCAUUUGAUAUUUUAACCGUCUGUCCACUGUGUUCCUCUCAUCGCUGUCAUCACGACUAUUUUACCUAACGCUGUAAAUCAUGACAUAUACAAAGGUGCGAAAAAAUGAGAAUAUUUGUGACCCCCAGAUAGCAGCACCUGUUUUUAUACUGUCUAUAUUAUUGUAUUAUUAUUACUGUAUAUGUGGGUGCGGGUGUGUGAGUAUGAGCGAGCGUGUGGUAUAAAGAUAAUUUGUUUAGCGUUGCAAAUCAUAAAUCAUUUUAUGCAAAAUAUUUCUACUGUAUGUGUAAAAGAAUAUAUUAUAUUCUAGGAAUUCUUAUUUUGCUGACAGCAGUCCUGUUUUAGCAAUAAGUAUUCCAUACUGUGCAAUGGACGGACUCCUGAACUUGGCUAAUAUUCAGGCAAAGAAUUAUUCAUCAAACGACUUCUGUGUGUGUUUAAUCUGCUCUGUCUGUGUGUAGCUACAGUGACUAUACGGACAAUAGCUUAUGUGCCUUGUUGAAGCUCUUUGUGUACAAGUCUAGUACUGAUAGUUUAAGUGUUCAGAAGAGUGGUACAGGCGGUGGCACCAUAAUGCCAAAGACGGAUCGUAGAUCAUGUCUGUGUGAAGGUUGUAGCCUGAGCCAUUGACUCAAAACAGUGUAGUUCAAUUUAUUCUUCCAUUUAAAAAUGUAACUCUAAAUACUGUUUGUCUGUGUGUGUGUUCUACUAUCACAGCUAGUGUUUGCUCACAACAUAAAAGCUCUGUAAUCAAUUUUGAGGUACUGUUUCUUUUCUUAGUGAUUAGUGUGUGUCAAAGUGUUGUGCCGUCAACAUCCAGAACGAAGUGACAUCUAUAUUAAUUUAUAUAUUUGAUUAGAGGGGAAAAAUGAUUCAUGUGUGGUUAUUUAACUACAUAUGUGGACGUUAAAAUGAAAUGUAAAAUGUUGUCAUUAGAAUCAUCAGAGACCGUUAACGUCCACCAACCAGCUAAGAAUUUACGAUUCCUGUUGUUUAUCUUGUUUUUCCACAUUAUGAGGUUCGAUUUAAGAUGCAUGAAUCUGGAUAAACGAUCAAUAACAUGAAGGAGUUUCUGGCCUCUAUUGUCACACCAACAACACAGAGUAGAAAAUGCAUUUGUUUUGUACAGACAUCAGUGAAGCACACGGCGUCCAGUUGUUAACUUGAACGAUGACUCUUCUGUCAUGGCUGAUUGUUGAAAAGCAAUAAAAAUGAAUACAAGGUGA